GCAGAAUUAAUGGCUUCCGGUGCCAGAAUGCUGAACAAUAGUCACACUAGGUAUGAGAAACAGCACGUCACACCACCUCCUUCUACUAGAAUUGUUGGCGGUGGAGGUGUUGCCUCCGUUCGCUCUAAAACACCGUCUUCUUCUGCUUCCAGACGCUCUGUUACCCCCAACUCUCGGUCUCACGCUCGCCUUAGCGACGAAGACGCAGAACCUGGAAGAGUGAGAGUUGCUGUUAGGCUACGGCCAAAAACCACAGAGGAACUUUCAGAUGCUGAUUUUUUCGAUUGCGUAGAACUUCAACCUGAGCUUAAGAGGUUGAAGUUGAAGAAAAAUAAUUGGAGUUCCGACUCUCACAGAUUUGAUGAAGUAUUUACAGAAUCUGCUUCUCAAAAGCGUGUCUAUGAGGCUGUUGCAAAACCUGUAGUUGAGGGUGUGUUGAAUGGGUAUAAUGGAACAAUUAUGGCUUAUGGUCAAACAGGAACUGGCAAGACUUAUACACUUGGCCAAUUGGGCAAGGAUGAUGCAUCCGAGCGAGGAAUCAUGGUUAGGGCUUUGGAGGACAUCAUUGCUAGUGCAUCUCCAGCAUCUGAUAGUGUGGAAAUCUCCUAUCUGCAGAUCUAUAUGGAAUGUGUUCAAGAUUUACUUGCACCAGAAAAGGUGAACAUUCCAAUUGUUGAGGAUCCCAAGAAGGGGGAAGUGUCAGUGCCUGGUGCAGCAAUUGUCAAAAUUCAAAACGUGGACCACUUUUUGCAUUUACUGCAAAUUGGAGAAGCAAAUCGCCAUGCAGCAAACACAAAGAUGAACACUGAAUCUUCUCGUAGCCAUGCAAUUCUUAUGGUAUCUGUUACCAGAUCUGUUGAUGAUAAAGAAGAAAACAAUACAUCUUCUCCAGGGAAAGAUGACAAAAGUGUGUUAGUUGGUGGCCAUGUGAUACCGACUAUUCGAAAGAGCAAGCUACUUAUCGUUGAUCUUGCAGGUUCUGAGCGCCUAGACAAAUCCGGAAGUGAAGGUCACUUGGUUGAGGAGACAAAAUUUAUCAACCUCUCUCUUAGUUCCCUUGGAAAAUGUAUAAAUGCGUUGGCUGAGAAUAGCCCUCAUAUACCCACCAGAGAUUCCAAGCUAACGAGAUUGCUUCGUGACUCGUUUGGAGGCUCGGCGAGGACCUCUCUUAUAGUAACGAUUGGUCAAUCUUCUCGACAUCAUACAGAAACCUCAAGCACCAUAAUGUUUGGACAACGGGCCAUGAAAGUAGUAAACUUUGUAAAGCUAAAAGAGGAGUUUGAUUAUGAGAGCUUGUGUCGCAAACUUGAGAAUCAAAUUGAUAUACUCACGGAGGAGAUAGACAGGCAACAGAAAUCUAGAGCAGACAACACGAUAAGACUGGAGAAUAAUCUCAGAGAGUGUCAAAAUAGCUUUGAGGAAGCAGAAAAGGCUUUACUUGCAAGGUGUGAGUUGUUAGACAAGGAUAAAUCUCGCUUGGAAUCAGAAAUAAAAGAUAUUCUAAAGGAGUUGAAUUGCCAGAAAGACCACAAUGAUCUAGUUUGCCAAGAGGUUGAGAGUCUACAAAGAAGCUUGAAGCGUUGUGAGUUAAUAGAGAAGGAGAAGGUUCAUCUGGAAUCAGAAAUGAAAGAUGUGUUGGAGGAAUUAGAUUUUCAGAAGAAUCAGAACAAUUUGAUGCAUGAUGAGAUUGCACGACUGGAACUGGGCCUAGAGCAUAACAAGCAAUAUCAGGUUGAAACAUCUGCAUACCAGAAAGUACUUGCAGACACAACUCAGAUGUAUGAGAAGAAAAUAGCUGAGUUAAUGUCAAAUUUAGACGAUGAGCGAGAUCGGUCAAGCGGUGUUGAGGAACAGUUAGAUUCAAUAAAAAAUAUACUAACUGAUCAUCAAAAGUCGAUGGAGCAACAUCAGAUUGAACGUUCUACGUACCAGAAGGCACUUGCCGAAACCACUCAGAUGUACGAGCAAAAAAUUACAGAGUUGGUAAUGCAACUGGAGGACGAGCAUGCUCGGUGCAUUGGUUUAGAAGAACAAGUGAUUUCACUAAAGAAAGCUUCAAGCAAUCGUCAGAUUUCACUGCAAAUCCAAGGGCAAGAGGAGAUUGGUGCUCUUAAAAUGGAACUACAACAAAUGUCUCAGCUGCGUGAAGCAGCUCUAGAUGAACUUCAAUUAGUGAAAAAGGAACAGAAGAAUCUAUCAUCAGAGAAGGCUAGAUUAAGCGAUGAACUUCGUACCGUAAGAGAAGCCCUCUCACUUGAGGAAAAACGAAGGAAGGCAGUUGAGAAGGAGCUAAGCAGUAUAAAAAAUGCUGUACCUGAAAGUGAGGAUGAGUUUGAGGAUAAGAGACCAUCCAUGAAAGAAAAUAAUGCAGGAGGAACAACAAUUGGCACCCCAUUCGGUCUACAUAAUUCAAACAAAUCAAGGGAGUCAAACUCAUUUCAGCGAACCACUAUAGCUAAGAUAUGCGAAGAAGUUGGCCUUCAAAAGAUAUUGGCACUAUUGCAAUCUUCUGAUCUAGAUGUCCAAACUCAUGCUGUGAAAGUGGUGGCAAACCUUGCUGCUGAAGAUAUCAAUCAGGAAAAAAUUGUUCAAGAAGGGGGUCUAGAUGCACUGCUCAUCCUAUUGCGAACCUCCCAGAAUACAACACUACUUAGGGUUGCUUCUGGAGCCAUUGCAAAUCUUGCAAUGAAUGAACUGAAUCAAGGCUUAAUUAUGAGUAAAGGAGGUGCUGCUUUACUAGCACAUACAGCGUCCAAAACAGACGAUCCCCAAACUCUCAGAAUGGUAGCCGGAGCAAUUGCAAAUUUAUGCGGAAAUGAGAAAUUACAUAUGCUGCUGACUGAACAAGGAGGCAUUAAAGCACUCUUGGGCAUGGUUAGAUCUGGAAAUCAUGACGUCAUUGCCCAGGUUGCCAGGGGAAUGGCAAAUUUUGCUAAAUGUGAAUCUCGAGCAAUAACUCAAGGACACAAGAAAGGUCGUUCUCUUCUAAUGGAUGAUGGUGUCCUUUCGUGGUUGCUUGGCAACUCAAAUACUGCUUCAAUAUCAACCCGGCGUCACAUUGAGCUUGCUCUUUGUCAUUUAGCACAAAACGAGGACAAUACUAGGGAUUUUGUAAGCAGCGGAGGAGUUAAACAAGUUGCAAGAAUCACAGUCGAAUCCAGCAGAGAAGAUAUUCGUAACUUGGCAAAUAAGAUACUGAGACUGAAUCGAACAUUUCAAGCGGAGGUGCAAAAUGAAUAGCAUUUUCCAAUCUAACACUACUAAUUACAUCAACGGGGUAAGCCUUUAAGAUUGUGCAUAAUUCCUCAAUCUUACAUGGUAUUUUUAAAAGCCAUUUUGUAAGAGGAAAACAGAUGUUUGAUAAGCAAGCUGAUAAUGAACUGCCUGUUUUGCUAUAUAUAAUUUAUUUCCAAGAAAGUAGCAUACAAUAACGAUGAGUUGUAAUGAUAUCAUAACUUGAUCAUGUUAACGUUCCGUACUUG